ACCCUGAACCUUGUAUGUUCAGUGCUUACUACCAUUGAGAGAAGCUGGAAGGCAAGCCAGUCACAUUAAGAUACGAACUGCUCAGCCCCAGCAUGAAGACCUUUCUAAAGCUACUGGUACUGCAGGUUCUCUUUGCUGUUACUGAGACAGCUGCAGCAUCUGGCCCAACAGCUAACUCGUCAUCAGAUGUCAGCGGUUUAUUGCAGUGUCCCACGGAGGACAUAUGCACUAUGGCCAGUAAAUGCUGCAUACCGGCUGUUGACAGCGAUGGCUGGAUAGCUGCUGCUGUUGGUUGGAGCUUGUGGUUUCUCACCCUCAUCCUGUACUGUGUGGGAAAAGUCAUGGACCUUCGCCCAAAUGAACCGAAAUAUCUACAGGCAUAAGUACUGGAGUCACUGUGAGGACAAAGACUUUCCUGGUCUGUGUUAUUGGAAAUCGUCCAAGAAGCUGUAUUUAAGUAUAAGAAAAGCUUAAAGAGCUUGAUCCUGUUUUAUUUGAGCAUUUGGUCACCUAGAAAUUGAAAAUACAAUGGGCAUGUAUUGUAUCCAUUCACUGUUCCAAUGGUUGGAACUCAGAACUGUUGAACGCAGAAAAUUGUCCUACUUAACUUAAAGCUCA